AUGGCCUCCAACAGAUUGACAUACAGACGCCGAAACCCAUACAACACCCGAUCGAACAAGGUCCGCGUUGUCAAGACCCCCGGCGGUUCCCUUCGAUACCUUCACAUCAAGAAAGCUGGUACUGCGCCCAAGUGUGGAGACUGCGGAAUUAAGUUGCCAGGAAUCCCAGCUCUUCGACCUCGUGAAUACUCCCAGAUCUCCCGACCAAAGAAGACGGUUCAACGCGCCUACGGUGGAUCAAGAUGUGCCAACUGCGUUCGGGAUCGUAUCGUUCGAGCAUUCUUGAUUGAGGAGCAGAAGAUUGUGAAGAAGGUUCUCAAAGAGUCUCAGCAAAAGAAGCGCUAA